UUUCAACAAAUUACUUUUACAAAAGGAAGAGUUAGAGCAAAAGCACUUACAUCUAUUGCAAAUCGUUGAAUCCGAGAAGACUGCUAAAUGGCAAUACACUCAACAGUGCGAAGAACUAGCAACUGAAAUUAAAAAGUUAAGAGCAGAGUUAUUCGCAUUGAAAAAAGAAUGGAAACCUGUUCCCCAACAUCAAUCUAGUGGUAGCAUAUCUUCAACCCAAGGCUCUUGUAGCUCAGGGGUCAGUGGCCAAUUCGCUAACUUAGAUCAAGAUUCCGUAGAGUUACGCAAAAUAAAAAAGGUUCAAAGUUUCUUCCGCGGGUGGCUUUGUAGAAGGAGAUGGAAACAGAUUGUAGAACAGUAUAUCAAAAGUCCACAUGCGGAAAGCAUGCGCAAAAGAAAUAGUUUGGUGUUCCGAAUGGUUGAGACGGAGGAGGAAUAUAUGGAACAAAUCGAAGUGUUGGUUACUUGCUUUUUAAGACCUUUCAAAAUGGCAGCGUCAUCGAAAAAACCACCUUGCUCCCACGAAGACGUCAAUUCUAUAUUUCUAAACAGUGAAACGGUAUUAUUUCUGCAUCAAAUUUUUUUGAAAGGGCUAACGUCAAGGUUGGAAAGUUGGCCUACACUAGUUUUGGGGGAUCUGUUCUCGAUGCUACUGCCUAUGUUGAGUAUUUACCAAGAAUACGUAAGAAACCAUCACUAUUCCUUACAGGUAUUAACAGAAUGUAAACAGUCUCCCCAAUUUUCGGCCCUGCUAAAACGACUGGAAGGAAAACCAGCCUGUCGUGGUAGAUCCCUCGAAACAUUUUUAACUUAUCCUAUGCAUCAGGUACCACGAUAUAUAAUAACUCUCCAUGAACUUCUGGCUCACACUCCACACGAUCAUGUUGAAAGAAAAAGUUUACAGAACGCUAGACAACAACUGGAAAAUUUAUCCAGACAGAUGCACGACGAGGUAUCAGAGACGGAAAAUCUAAGGAAAAAUCUUGCUGUCGAAAGAAUGAUUGUGGAAGGUUGUGACAUACUCCUUGAUGUGAAUCAAGUUUUUGUAAGACAAGGAUCUUUAAUUCAACUCCCCACCGAUAAACCUUCCAAGAGUAAAUUAGCCUUCAAAACUGAGAAGGAGGCUGUACGGCAGUGUUUUCUAUUUUCUAAUCAUCUUAUCAUAGCUACAAGAACAUCAAGUGGAAAACUCCAUUUAGUUCCUGACGUAGGGAAAAUUCCUUUGGCUGAUGCUCUUUUGAUAGAAGAUCCUUCUGAAACCACAGAUGACGAUGGUAAGAAAUAUUUUUCCAAUAAAAUACCAUUGCCAAUUGAAUUUUUUGACAGAAUCCUCAAUUGUUCAGUGUCUACUCAGUCAACAGUAAGUGAUAUAUCAGGAGCAUCGAGUUUCCAUAACAGGGAUUUCAAAAUAAUUGUGGAACAGAAAAGCAUUACCCAACCAGGGCAGAUUUGUGUUCACCUAGUAGCCUCUUCGGUCCAGGAGAAAACCGCGUGGAUAUCGGAUAUAAUUCAAUGUUUAGACAAUGUGCAAUUCAACGAUAUGUUGCGUCCAGCAAUGCCUGAUAGUGGCUCAAUAAGUUUACCACAAUCUUUGAAAAAUGAUCCAAAGCUAUUCAAGGAUGAAGCAGACAUUCGUUUCAGUAGAACGCUGAAUUCAUGCAAAGUACCUCAAAUUCGAUAUGCUACCCCAGAACGUCUCCUGCAACGCUUAACUGAUCUAAGAUUCCUUUCCAUUGAUUUUCUCAAUACAUUUCUACUGACUUACCGGGUUUUCACUGACGGUGUAACUGUGUUGGAGGCCCUCAAGAAGGUGUUUUACAGUAUCGAUCAAGAACCUCACGGUUCAGUUAUUUCUUUGGAAGGAUUACAAGUCAAAGAUGAAAACACCUUACAGUUAUACGAUGAUGAUAGACGGAGAAGUAGCUUCUCCCCGAGAAGAACAAGCGGUGCCAGUUCGGUAUCCGGAUACGGUUCCGAAGUAAGUGAUAGGGACAGAUCACAUAGCUACGAUUCGCAAGGCCAUCGAGUAUGGAGAGCAACUUUACAGAAAUGUGAGUAAUAAUUACUGAAUCUGUUCUCAACUGUAUUCUCAAUACUUUUUGUAGAUGAAGAAGAUCCACAAGAGCUAGUUCAACCAAAGAUCGUAAAACACAGCCCAACUCAUAAAAUGGGGGAGACUUUAGCUCCUCCAUCUACCUCUAAAUCAAUUUCCAUACGAGUAGACAGUACAAAACAAUCUGAAGAAAGUGCUCACUUGACAAUUCCAAAAGUAGCAGCAUCCAGUAGCAUCGAAACGUUAACAGAUGCAACAGUAUUGAGCGCUCCAUGCUCCCCAAGCAACUUGAGCUCAGUAACUUUAGUAGGUUCUUCUCCAUCUGAUAAUGGUGGUUUGGAUGAAGGAAAAUCUGUGGCCAAAUCUCCAGUCAAGUCUCCAGCCAAACCACCACUGCCUAAAAUAUCCCCCACCAAAACUCCUACAAGUAAAUCCUCUCCAACUAAACCGUCCACAACCAAACCUUCGCCUACCAAACCGUCCUCUUCUAAACAAUUCGUUAAAACAGCUGUCAAACCACCCUCGCCAUCCAAAGAACCAACUGGAACGAAGGUAGAUCAACAGAAGAGACCUUCAGUCACUUUGAAACAGGAGCCGUCUGAAAAAAAAUCCUUUCAGAGGGGAGUAUCGGCCGAAUCUGAGGAUCAACCAGAAGAACAACAUUCCUAUCUCCAUAGCCACAGAGCAUCAAGCAGUUCAUCAAGAUCGGCUAGUAUAUCGACCUCAUUCCUAAGUUACUAUGGACCUAGAAGGUCGAUGCAGGAAGAUACCUCCACUGCGCGAUCCAGUUUCCAGCACGAAUCUCCACAGAAACCGAGUAGAGCAGGAGUCGUUAUCACUUCAUUCCGGCAGUCAAAACGAAGAAGCAGUACUUCUAGUGCCGCUGCUGCAUUUGCUGUCGCAAUAUCAGGGUCCAGCAAUCCCCCAGAUAUUUCACCUGGUCGAGAGCAGGAGGAUUAUCAGUCAGAAAGGAACAGGCACAAAGAAACUGUCAUGUCAACGGCCUGUACAAUGCGGGUACUCAAUGUCCUGAGACAUUGGGUGUCAAAGCAUUCGCAGGACUUUGAAAACGAUACCCGACUGAAAAAUUUGACAAUAGAAUUCCUGGACGACAUCAUAUAUAGUCCCAAUCUUUUACCAGCUGAGCAUAAAGCUGCAAGUCAAUUGUGGAAGUUGCUCACGAAAGAAGAACCAGAAAGUACUAGAGUCGAUGUACUAAAACUAGUUAAAGCUCCUCCGGUUUCCAGCAAGGAGUCGAUAGAAACUUUAUCUGCUCUAGAAAUAGCGGAGCAACUUACGUACAUCGAUCAUCAAAUAUUCAUCGCCAUUUCUAGCGAAGAAUUUCUGGGCCAAGCUUGGAUGAAAUCGGACAAGGACAAGAAGGCGCCACAUAUCAUAAUGAUGACGAAACGGUUUAACGAUGUUUCUCGGCUGGUAGCUUCGGAAAUACUACGGCGCAAGUCGAUAACAGCUAGAGUUUCAGCGAUUGAGAAAUGGGCAGCUGUAGCAGAUAUCGCUAGAUGUCUCCAUAACUUCAAUGGUGUUCUUCAGAUUUGUUCCGCUUUAACUAAUACCUCUAUUUUUCGUUUGAAAAAAACUUGGGAAAAAGUCUCAAAAACAACAAAACAAACUUUGGAAAAACUUCAGAUUGUUGUUUCAUCAGACGGAAGAUUCAGAGCUCUGAGAGAUGCCUUGCAUCGAUGCGAUCCUCCCUGUAUACCGUACCUAGGAAUAUACCUAACUGAUCUGUCUUUCAUAGAAGAAGGAACACCCAAUUUCACUGCGGACGGGCUUCUCAACUUCUCCAAAAUGCGAAUGAUUGCUCAUGUGAUUCGAGAGAUUCGUCAUUUCCAACAAACCCCUUACAAAAUUGAGCUGAUUGAGCGUGUGGCCAACUACCUACUCGACUCAUCUUUGAUAAUGGAGGACGACGAAUUAUACAACACUUCUUUGGAACUGGAACCGAGAACGUCACGCCUGGUAUCCCAGUCGUCUACCACGACACUCAAAUCGUAAUUUUUCCUCAUAUUCCAAUUCUUAUGUAGAAGACAAUCGCAAAAUCAUUCCAAAUUUGAGAAUGCACUUUACAAUCAUAUCGUUAGUCUUUAAUGUAAAAUAAUUAAUUCGGACUGAAUUAAUUUAGUUAUGUACGAAUCAUUUGAAAUUACGUGUCAAAAUUUCAAUUACUCCCGUCGACGUGGGUGAUCGCAAAGUGGUUAUAAUCCUAGCGUUACCGAUAAUUUUCUGUAAAUCGCCAUUAUCAUUUGCGUUGGCAAGUAUUACCCCAAAUUCUAAAUUGGUAGAACUGUCAAACUCCACGAACCGUUAUGAGUGAUGGAUGUUUCCACCUCAAUUAUACAAAGUAAUGACCUAAAAUAAUGGUAAUUACAGUAAAAUGGAACUACAAGAUAUAGACAAAUUUAAUAAUAAUCUUCUUCCACAUAUGCCUGCACCUUCCAAAUGACUGUUUGGUGAAUAUAGAAUAUUAUUUGGUAGAUAACAAAACCUUCAUAUUCGAAAUUUCUCGCGUGGAAGCUUCAGUAUAUCUUCGGGAUCUCUUUCAUUUCCCUUUUAUUCGAAAGAAGUUCGAGGAAAAUCACUGAGUAAAUGUUCUGUUGUGCACCCUAUAGUUUUUUCGGUGCAUCUCUGUAUAAUUCAUCAGAGACCUGGGAUCCUCAAGCACUCAAAAGGGCGCUCUUCCAGUAGAUACGAACCUCUUACAUUUCAUAGGUUGAAAAGGAUUUUCCAACUCAUAACACUGUGAUGAAUAAUGUCUCAUGAUUUGAUCUAUUCGAAACAUGGGGGUUCUAAGGGUUCUGGUACGAUUAAUUAGGUUCUUAGAAGGUAGUUAUUCAAAAUCAUUCGACUCCUUCGAACGAUUCAAGCCGUAGGACCUGAAACUCGAAAAGUACCAGGGAAUUUUUUUUGGUCCCUUGGGA